AUGAAAAGAGUUUGGAAGCAGGAAGUGGUUGAAGAAGUGAAGAAGCAACUAUGGCUGGCUGGUCCUCUGUUCAGUGUUGGUCUGCUGCAGUAUAGUUUGCAAGUGAUAUCUCUUAUGUUUGUGGGUCAUCUUGGUGAAUUGCCUCUUGCAGGUGCUUCAGUGGCCAGUUCCUUUGCAUCUGUCACUGGUUUCAAUUUGUUGAUGGGUAUGGCUAGUGCAUUGGAUACCUUGUGUGGCCAGUCAUUUGGAGCAGAACAGCACCAUAAGGUUGGCAUACACUUGCAGAGAGCUAUCUUUGUUCUCUCAUUUGUAAGUGUCUUUGUAGCUAUCAUAUGGGCAUGUACCAAAAACAUUCUAAUUGCAAUUCACCAACCAGUUCCCAUAGCUGAGGAAGCUGGAGUAUAUGCCUUUUACUUGAUUCCAAGCCUUUUUGCUUAUGGUAUCCUUCAAUGCCUUCUCAAGUUUCUACAAACUCAAAACAUUGUCUUCCCCAUGAUGCUAAGCUCCGCAGUUGUGGCUUUACUUCACACCCUUUUAUGUUGGGUGUUUGUAACUAAAUCAGGACUUGGUAGUAAGGGAGCUGCCAUAGCAAAUUCAAUAUCUUAUUGGGUGAAUGUGCUGCUAAUGGCACUUUAUGUCAAGUUUUCUACUUCAUGUGAAAAAUCAUGGAAUGGCUUAUCAAAGAAGGCCCUACAAAAUAUCCCAGAAUUCCUUAAAAUCUCAAUUCCUUCAGCUCUUAUGCUUUGCUUAAAGACUUGGACAUUUGAACUAAUGGUUCUGCUAUGUGCUCUUCUUCCAAAUCCAGAGUUAGAAACUUCAGUGUUGUCUAUAUGCCUUAAUACAUUUGGAAUUGCAUGGAUGAUACCCUUUGGACUAAGCUGUGCUGCGAGCACAAGGGUCUCAAAUGAACUAGGGGCUGGUCAUCCACAAGCUGCAAUUCUUGCAGUUCGGGUUGCUCUUUUCCUUGCCCUUGUUGUGGGUAUUAUGAUUGUAUUAGUGAUGAUUCUGAUAAGAAAAAUAUGGGGCAAUCUUUACAGCAGCGAAACAGAAGUUAUCAAAUAUGUAGAAGCCAUGAUGCCCAUUCUUGCUAUAUCCAGCUUCCUUGAUGGGAUUCAAAGUGUCCUUUCAGGGAUUGCAAGAGGUUCUGGUUGGCAGAAAAUUGGUGCAUAUGUGAAUCUUGGAUCAUUUUAUUUCGUGGGAGUUCCUUCUUCGAUGGUAUUAGCUUUUGUUUUCCACAUGAAAGGGAAGGGCCUUUGGUUGGGGAUUGUCUUUGCAUUCAUCGUGCAAGUGAUACUUUUUGGUUUCAUUACCAUUCGAACUAGCUGGGAGAAAGAAGCAAAUAAGGCAGCAAUGAGAGUCAACGACAUCAAAAUCCCUCCGGAGUUGUCAAAGGGAGAUCCAACAUUACCAUCUUAG